AUGAGCAAACAAAGAACAUUCCCCAUUACUGAGUACACCCGUGUCACCAAUGGCUCCUUCGUCCACGAUUUUAUGCACAAGGAGAUCGAAGCUGGUCACCUGUCAGUGACACUGUUCAAUAUCACCAACGCCGAGCGGUUCAUGGCUGGAGAGGACGAGAAACUGAAAGUCGAAGAAGGCGUAACGUCACAAAUGAGUUCUUACCCUUACUGGACGCGAGUGGCCCUUGAUCUAGUUAUCAAGCAGUUGAAGUCCGAGCCUAUCGUAACCAAGGACGUACACUCCUACCUCUGGGGCUAUGAAGACAAUCUAUUGUCCUUGGCUCAUGCGGUUGCACCUGGUUCGUUCCAGUUUAGUAAGAUCGGCAUCUUGGACAGGCUGUACGACUCAAAGAACUUGAAUAUUUUAGAAGCAUCCAUAAAAGAUGACGACAAAUUUAUGAUCAAAAAACGGAAUGGGAAAAUUAAAUUGCAAAUGUCACCUAUGGUCGACCCUGAAGAUUGUGAACUGUGUGACACCUUUGAAAACAGUUACGAAGGAGUAGGAUAUCCUACUGGAUUAACUCCAGAAUUUCCCAUCCGUCUCUACAGAAUCGGCCUUUGCAGAAUCUUAGACAUGGAAUACCACGGGCAGAAGCAAAUGCCUUACGGGGCUGAAGCUAUGGUGUACCAUUUCAGUGAAAGCUUUUACUCAUUAAAUCAUAGCAAGCAGAAUGACGGCGUUUUGGAUAUGUCAGAUUGUUUCUAUGGUACUCCCCUCGCAAUAACAAAACCGCACUUCCUAGACAUGGACCCGGCAAUGUACUCUCGCAUAGACGGCAUGAAACCGGACGAGAAAUACCGAGGAUGGAUCAGUGUGGAACCGAAAAGCGGCAUGCAGGUGGAAACUGAGUUCUCCCUGCAAAUGAACCUGCUGAUUAAGGACAUCAGCCACAAUGCGAAGACGCGUCACUUCUCCGACAUGAUUUUGCCUAUCUGCCACUUGAAAAUUGUUCAGCCGCCUUUACCCGAAGAAAGCAAAGAUAUCCUGAACAAAAUGUAUGGCAUGGGAUCUUAUUUAUUUACUAGCCUCAAAAUCUUCUUAUUUAUACUUACAUUUAUAUCUUGGUAUAGCUUCUUCAAAAUACUUAAUAGAAAUAAAAUAACAUCGAAAGAUGUUUUAAAAGGUAUGGAGAAAGGAAUGUUCUACCAUAGGGCAGAUACAGAAAAAACAGUUGGCAAUAGAGACGUGCCGUUGAUGGCAUCAGAGAACGGUUAUAACAAUAAUGACAAAGUUGAUGCAAGUAAAAUUGUACAAUUUAAUAAUUAAUUUCACAUAUCACUUAUUGUCAUAACGAAAAUGUUAAUUAAUAUUUAAGAAAACGUCUGAUAUAAACAUUUAGUGUACAGUGUAUUUAGUGUAUAAGUAAAAAAAGUUGCCAUCCGCAAUAAAAACAAAUAUCUUUUAUACUAAACACCAGAUUACAUAACAUUGCAUUUACCUACUUACUCCGCUGGCUCAGCGGCCUGAAAUGGGUCUUCGCCUCCGAUACUAGAUAACGCCAGUGCGCCCUUUCUUGCGCUGUUUCCUCCCAGUUCUCUGCAUCUUUUUCCACGUCGUCCCUCCAUCGGUAUUCGGGCCGACAAACCUGUCGUUGACCACUAUAUAUAUAUAUUUUUUUUUUAUUUAUUUAUUUAUUACAUAAAAUUAUACAAACUAUGUUUAAAAACAAUGUAACAUAAACUGUAGGUUUUCCCGUACAUCGUUAUAUUCGUCGGCGGUAGUCUGACUGUGUUAAUAGUAAAGCGGGUAGAUUUUUGUUUUGCUCAUACCUAUGUUUCUUUUGUAUUAAGUGCGAAUGGUUGGUGGUGUGCGUAGUGUGAUUCAACUUGAGUGUGAAUGAAUAGAACGUCUCAUGUAGACCCUUUUCACUGCCCUAUAAGCUGGCUUCCUUUCGGGGUGUCCGAGCCACCGGAGAGUUGCGGGCUUGAUUUCUCCGAUAAUAUUGGGCUCAGAUAAGUUGUCCUCCAGCUUCUGGUUCUUUCGGAUCUUUCAGCUAUCAUCUUCCGUCUGCAUUGUCCCAAAAUCCUACGGAAGAUUUUUGUUUCUGCGACAAGAAGCUUAUUCUCUUCUCAUUAAUGUUAUUUUGCCAGUGAUAUCUCGCGUUCCCUGCAUUAUGUAUUUAUAUACUUGUAUCGCAGGGACUUAACAUAAAUACGUCUUGUAACUUCGCAAUGGGGCACACAGUUUGUAAAUAAGUAGUUGUAAAAAUAAUAAACUAUUAUCAACAUUAAAAUGACACUAACAUGUUUGUGCGUUAUUUAGAAAGUAAAUAUUCGUAAUUUAAUUAAUAGAAACUAUUUUUCAUUGUGUGCGUAUGCGUGCGUGCGUGUGUGAGUGCGUGUGCUUGUGUGCCUGUGUGUUCAUUGUAUAGAGUAUGUGGCAAAAAAGGCAAAAGACGUGUUUGCAAAAGUGGUUUGAACUGGGCAUCUGUAAGCUAAUAAAUGGUCAAGAUCAAAAUUAUUAGUUUGGGAGCGACGAUGCCACACACAGAUAGAUGUACCUACAAACUAAGAGCACACGACGCGUUGCGUUGGUUCGAUGGUUGUAACUACAUAUAAAUUAGAACACUACAUGACAAAACGCGUGAGACAAAGCUGAGAGAGGUGGCUGCGGUGCGUAAUAAGCGACUGUCGCCGUGGCGACCCCGCAAUGCACCGGUAUCGCGCGUGUGGCAUCGCUCGAAGGCUUCAAACUUGUAACUCCCCUCUUUUGCGUCGAGGAUUAAUAAACAAAAAAAAAUUUGAAAUUUUUCUUCCUGGACCUAAAGUCACGUUUUGUUCUUUUUUUUUUCAAACAAAAUAUAACUAGUUCCAUUUACAAUACGUAGGAAUCGCCAGAGUUGGUACAAAUGAAAAAAGUUCAAUGGCUUGAAUUGUUUUUCACUUGAAAUAAUGCAUUAUUUAAAUCUAAAUAAUGUUACAACAUUUUAGAAUAAUUUACUGCUGUCCGAUGACGCAAAUAC